CUGUCAGUGAGGAGAGGCCUGCUUUCCCAGGCGUCAGAUGCCUCCGGGGUAAACUGCAGUGAUUGGGUGUGGCGUUGGCAGCAGGGAUAGCAAGGUCAGGCGACCAGAUAAGGAAAUCCUGAAGUGGGAGGAGAUGCAGGAACUCACCUGUGGCAGAUUCCCUGAGGCCGGUCACACAAAUGCUGCACCUGGUGGCCCUGGAGAACGCCCACUGGCAGCAGCAUUUCCAAACCACUGCAUGAGAUCUGAGGACAAUGUGAACCAGCUCGACUGAUCAUCAUUAUUUGGAGUAUUAAUUCUACUAUGAAGAAUGCCCAGGAGCUGGAGAAGCUGGGCCUUGGCGACAGCGUGGACCUGCACGUGUACGAGAUUCCCGUCGAGUACAAGACAGUCCAGAGGCUCAUCCCCGCCCUGUGGGAGAAGCACAGCCCACAGCUAGUGGUGCAUGUGGGCGUGUCGGGCAUGGCAACCACAGUCACACUGGAGAAGUGCGGCCACAACAAGGGCUACAAAGGGCUGGACAAUUGCCGCUUCUGCCCCGGCUCCCAGUGCUGCGUGGAGGACGGGCCUGAAAGCAUCGACUCCGUCAUCGACAUGGACGCCGUGUGUAAGAGGGUCACGACGCUGGGCCUGGAUGUGUCGGUGACCAUCUCGCAAGAUGCCGGCAGCUGGCUCCUGAAGGUAGGUUCUAAGAACCGGAACCGUCAGUUUGUAAAGACUGUGCCUUCGUCAUUAUGCGAGCCUGCCAAAGUGCCUUCCCCGGGGCAGUUUACGUCCACACUAGCAGCGUGUCACACUGCCUACGUCCCCACAUACGUACCAGCACUGGGAGUUCACAGGUACCUCUGUGACUUCACCUACUACACCUCUCUGUACCAGAGUCACGGCCGCUCAGCCUUUGUCCACGUGCCUCCGCUGGGCAAGCCGUACAACGCAGACCAGCUGGGCAGGGCGCUGCGGGCCAUCAUCGAGGAGAUGCUGGGCGUCCUGGAGCAGUCAGAAGACAAAAUCCACUGUCGCCACGAACACUAAGAGCCACCCAGGCCUCCCAAGGCCUCAUCCUACCAGGGACCCAGGAGGAGGCAAACUUUCAGCCGGUGAUCUGAUUCGGAUCAGAUAUUUCUGUUUACUUACCUCCUCUCCCUUUUGAUCUGCAAACGUGCUGAUUGAUUUGAAGGGGCUGCUGAAGAGUGUUUCUCUGUUUCCCUUGGCAUCUGGGGAGGUGGCCGUGAUGUCCGGAGACCCUUGGGUGCGGAUUUCCGAAGAGAAUCCUGAUUGGGGUUAUCUCCACACCGCGAUCCCACAGCUGGGCCACUUGCCCCUGCUCUUUAGGGCUCUGGUGACGGGGUUUCGGAGUUCCCUCCAUCUCACCACUGGUUUUUCCCAACCGUAAAAGCCUCUUCGAGAGUCUGCCCUGACCCAUGUCCCCACAGCUUGGACAGCCGUGGGCUAUGCUGUGACUUUGUUAUUUUCAAAAUUCUAUUCUCUCUUUCUCUUUCUCAAAUUAAUUGUUGAGAGAGAGAGAGA